AUGAAGAUGAAGAUCGUUUCUCUUCUCCUGUUACUCUAUGUGGCUGUCUCCUCUGCUUUUCCUGUAGCUCCAGAAGCAGAAGAUGAACAAAAAACCCUACAGCUUGUAGAGAGUUAUCUACAGAAUUUCUACGAUCUUCAAAGGGAUCACCAGCCUCAUUUAAGAAACAAGGGUGAAAAUCGCUUUGCUGCAAAGCUCAAGGAAAUGCAGGCUUUCUUUGGACUAGAAGUCACUGGGAAACCUGAUCUUGACACUUUGGAGAUGAUGAAAAAACCCAGAUGUGGUGUACCUGAUAUAGGGCAAUACGUGUUCACAGCAGGGAAUCCCAAAUGGAAAAGAAAUAAUCUGACAUACAGGAUUUUGAAUUACACCCCAAAGAUGAGGCAAGCUGAUGUAGACGAAGCAAUCCGAAAAGCUCUCAGUGUCUGGAGCAAUGUGACACCCUUGACAUUCCAAAAGGUUGAGGACAGAGAAGCAGAUAUAAUGAUUUCUUUUGCUUAUAGAGACCACCGAGACAACUCUCCUUUUGAUGGCCCUAAUGGGCAGCUGGCUCAUGCUUUCCAGCCUGGUGAAGGUAUUGGUGGAGAUGUGCAUCUUGAUGAGGAGGAAGCCUGGACAAAAGAUGGAAGAGGCUACAAUUUGUUCAUUGUUAUUGCCCAUGAGCUUGGUCAUUCACUGGGUCUGUCUCAUUCAAAUGAUCCGGGAGCACUGAUGUAUCCAACUUACUCCUACACAGACCCCAGUGAAUUCCUUCUUCCUCAGGAUGACAUUGAUGGCAUUCAAGGAAUCUAUGGACAGUCUAGUGCUGCUGUGCAGCCAACAGGACCUAUAACUCCACAGGCUUGUGACCCAAAUUUGACAUUUGAUGCUAUUACUACCCUACGUGGAGAAAUAAUAUUCUUCAAGGGCAGAUACAUGCUGCGCAAACAUCCUACGAGGACAGAGACAGAGCUCAACUUUAUCUCACUGUUCUGGCCAAAUUUGCCAUCAGGAAUUCAAGCUGCUUAUGAAAACGUGGAGAGGGAUGAAGUUUUGCUUUUUAAAGAGGGUAAAUAUUGGGUUCUCAGGGGAUAUAACAUUGCUCCUGGCUAUCCUAAACCUAUCCAUCGAUUGGGGUUCCCGAAGACUGUUAAAAGAGUUAAUGCAGCUUACAGUGAUGAAACCACAGGAAAAACAUAUUUCUUUAUAGCUGAUAGAUACUGGAGAUAUGAUGAAAACAAAAAAUCCAUGGAUCAUGGUUAUCCCAGGAAAAUAGUCUCCGACUUUGGAAAAAUUGGCAGAGUUGAUGCUGCUUUCCAGAAAGAUGGUUAUGUCUACUUCUUCCAUGGAACAACUCAGUUCCAGUUUGAUCCCCGUGCCAAACGGAUUGUCGGACAAAUGAAGAGCAUCAGCUGGUUUAAUUGCUAAUUGCAAU